AUGGCCAACACUCCUCUUCAAGCUAUCUACACCGCUCCAGAUGCCACAAAGUCUUUCCAGCAUGCAAUCCCUGUGACUACCUCCAAUACUCUCGCCGCCAAGCACACCCACCUGACUGCCCUCCAAUCGAUGAUCCCCAAGCUUCAGGACGAGAUCAACGUCUUCUUAACCGCGCGUAUGGAAGAGGAUAAAAAGGCAGAAGGACAAACCUCAGAGAAGGAAUCUAAGGAGGAGGAGAACUACGGCGAGGAGAUUGUCGAAGACGAUGCCUGA